CUGACAUAUGUGGCACGCGCCGCACGCGGGCUGUCCAACCGCGACUUUGCACGGCCGUUGCUCCCCUCGCUCACUGCGCUUGCCUCAUCCACCACUGCCACCAUCCAGUGCUGGCACUGCUGCUCCUCCGAGGCGGCUACGCCAACCUAGCACUUCUACGUGGUUGUCUUCGACUUCAACCAUCAUGUCUCCCGCACUGUCCGACCGGCCACAUUCUAUCGACCUCUCUCUCGCACUUGAACGCGAACUCGAGAGCGAGUCCCUGCCUAACUCGCCUGCGCGAGUGGAGACCCGGGGCGCGCGGCCACAGUCCUUGGACACCAACGUCCUCGCGUCCAUCGUGACCCAACUUCGGAUGAGCCUGGAGGAUAACGAGCUUGCGGAAACGAAGUUCAGGGAGGAGAACGUGAAGGACGCGCUAGAGAGCGUAGCGGAUAAGUGUCUGCGCACGGAGGCUCAGCUCUCCGCGGCGCGGGAUAAGCACCAGGAGGAUGAAGAAGCUAUUGCCAUGCUCCGCCAGAAGGUCGAGGAGAGCAGACGCGCCUUGAUGCGGUUACAGACCGAGAGCAGGCGCAGGAGCCAGAUAGGCAACCUCUCCGUCGACCUUUCGCAGCCGGGCUCCACGCCGAUGAACGGCCCGCCGACGUCGAAGCGUGCGUCCUUCACCCCUCUGACUGGCAGCCCCGCACGCGCAGGCCACCGUCGGAUUGUGUCCCUCUCUGAUCCCGGCUUCGCGAGCGCCCCCACGUCUGGUGACAAUGGCCAGUGGCCGACCUCGCCGGGUUUCACCUCUCCUGAUCCCUCGCAGGGACAGUCCAAGAGGAGGUCGGGGAUGUUUGGCUGGGGCUCCUCGCAGCUGCCUGAUGUCCCGUCGCUCGAUAACCUUCAGACGGAUACCUUGCGCAAGGAGCUCGAGAAGGUCAAGGAGCAAUUGGACGAGACCAAGCACGAGCUGCGCGAGGUUCAGGAGGCACGAGAGGCCUCCGAGAGCUGCGUGCGGGCACUUCGCACGUUCAUUGCUGAGAAUAGCGUGGGCGAGCAGACGGCCCGGUCCACCAUCCGCGCUGCGACAAAGCCUAAUUCCACCCCUGCCACGAGCCAACAGGGUGCUGCGUCACGCUGGGGCUUCAAGCUCUGGUCGACGCCCGAGACACCUGUGAAUUCUCCUGCGCCUGCGCCCUCGUCGACGCCUAGUGUACCACCGGUUACGCGUAAGCUAGGCGGCUUCUUCAGUCCAAGGUCGAGCAUCUCUUCGACGUCCAGCCCUGUGCGCGUCCCGCAAGAGCCUCCUUACCAUGGCUCGGACACUUCGUCUAUUGCGGACUCCACGACGGAGCCUGUUAGUCCCGCCUCCUCGAUGCCUCAGGCCAACAUCCUCGUCCAGGACGCCGAGGGAGCUUCGCUCGACGCCGUCAGUCUGCCGGAGGUGGGCAAGCCGGUGGAGGUCCCGGUCUAGUCAUAGUAUGGUUCGCCAGGGACAUUAUGGGUUUCGACCUUACGUGCGUCUGCCGUGGCGGGUUAGCACAGUCGAUUCGGCUUCGUUACGGCUCAUCUGGAACAUAUGUAAACAUACUUUACAUCCACACUCUUAUUACACGCAUUGAGACGACUUAGAUAUGUACGCUGGGCUCCGGCGGUUCCCUUUCAUACUGUACUUUAGCGAAUGAAUGGCAUGAUACACUUCGUUCAGGAAA